AUUUCUUGGAAAUUUAUGCUAGGAAUAGACAAGGAAUUUGGGAAAGCAGUUGGCACCUUAGGAAAUGCAACAUUCAGCUGCCCCCCAGCAGUUGUAAAGAACUCUCCUCUCUCCCAGCCUCAGCCUCCCUGUCACUGAAAUGGACGUAACACUCUCCCAGCUUGAUUGUAAACAUGGGAUCCUCGACCCAGGCAUCCGGGACGUUGCUAGGAGUACCUGCGACACGUAAUCCGAUCCAAGGAAGCUAAACAGCUGGAAACUUUACAGGAAACCUUGCCAGAAAGCUGGGCCAUAAAAAGAAGUGAACUUAAAUGCAUCAAAAUGUUAUUGGAUGACAACUGCGUUGCUUUUGGCUCACCUUUCCCAAUGCCACCCUCGCCACUGGAAGAGCGGAUCGGCGUGCUGCAGAGACCCAAGACUUUGGCUCUCCGUUUCAGCCACAGCUUUGUCACCCACAGCAGUGGCGGGGAGAAGCCACUGUCCCCAUCCGCGACCUGCCGAGUCGCCAGCCAGGGCCCCUGUGACGCGGCCCGCCGAAGCAGCGUCCUUCUCCCCGGCCACCCGCACGCCCUCGACCUCAAGCUGCGAGUGGGUGGGGGGCCACCAGGUCGAGGGUCGGAGCGCAGCUUUGCCUCACUGCCGGACCUCAAGCAGGCUGAGAAGAAAGGGGUGCUGACCCCCCAGCUGAAGGCACUCCUGCCCCAGGCCAAGCUCAAGAAGCGGUGUUUCAAGGAGAACUCCAAGCCGACGGGGGACGCUUCCCCCAGCUCCUCCUCGCUCUCCAGCCCCGCCCGCGCCAUGCACCCCUUGAAGUGCGGCUGCUGGGGCUGCUGGCGGCUGAUGCGCUGCGAGGAGGCCGGGGCGAAGUCCAGCCUGCGCUCCCUGGGCUGCUUCUCCAGCCGUUCCAGUUUGCGCUCCCUGGGCUGCCCCGGCUGCAGCCCGCAGUCCAUGAAGAAGCCGGGCUGCUUCUCCUGCGCCCCGGUGGCCCUGCGCUCCCUGGCGUGCCUGACUUGCAACCUCUCGGUCAAGUCCGCCAGCUCCUCCUGCAGCUUCUGCAGCAGCGACCCCAUCGUCGCCUACGACCCCCGGGUGGGCCCCUCGCCAGCUCCCAGCUGCUACGGCGGGGAAGACGAAGAGGAGGAGGACGAUGACGACUACACUGUCCGCACCAUCUGGCCUGACGAGCUGGCCAAGAAGAUGAGCAAGGCCCACAUGCAGCCGCCGCAGCAGGGCCAGCAGCAAACGUCCCCCUUGAUCCUGGACUGCCGCAACCUGGUGGAAUUCACCAAGACUCAGCUGCAGGGCGCCAUGCGCUUUGGGGCACCCGAUGCGCCAGGACGGCGGCGGUUCCAGCAAGGGAAACUGGCCGUGCUGGAUUUCCUCUCCUCCCGGGGGACCUGCGACGGCCGGGACUCCUCGCUGCAGUGCCUCUGGUCCAAGGAGGGGAACGGCUGCGGGGGGGGUGCGGAACCACCGCCGGCCAGUCCCCCCAAGCCCCCCAAAACCCAGCCUAUGCAGAACCUGCACCUUGUCCUGGAUCUGGUCCACAAAGAUGAGCAAGAAGGGCCUGGUAAGAGAGGCAGUCCGACUGGGUCAGACGUCCCGGAGAUCUCGGACGACUUGGUCUCCCCGCUCACCCCCGACUUGGAGAACGCCGAGCUGAGCCCCAUCCUCCCCUUCCUCUUUCUGGGCAACGAGAAGGAUGCCCAGAAUUUGGAAAAGAUGCUUCACCUCAACGUGGGCCACGUCCUGAACGUCACCACCCACCUGCCGCUCUACCACGCCGACAGCGGGCGUCUCCGUUACAAGCGCCUGCCUGCCACCGACAGCAACCGCCAGGAUCUGCGGCAAUACUUCGAGGAGGCUUUUGAAUUCAUCGAGGAGGCUCACCAGAGUGGCAAGGGGGUGCUCAUCCACUGCCAGGCUGGCGUCUCGCGCUCGGCCACCAUCGUGAUCGCCUACCUGAUGAAACACACCCUGAUGACCAUGGGCGACGCCUACAAGUACGUCAAGGGCCGCCGGUCCGUCAUUUCGCCCAACCUUAACUUCAUGGGGCAGCUCUUGCAGUUUGAAACGGACCUCAACGCCGGCGUCACACCCCGCAUCCUCACCCCCAAGCUGGCCGGCGUGGAGACCGAGGUGUGAACUGGAUGGAGCGCCGGGGGAUCUCCGUCAACUCUCAGGGCUGGGAAAGGGGUGUGUGUGCAAUAAGGGGCUGGGGGGCGGGCAGCAGGAGGGCAGACCCCCCAGAUGGCCAAAGCAGCAAGCUGACUAAUGAAUCCCGAACCUCACGGAAACCAACCCCGGGCAGAUCCCGUGUCGGGCUGCCUUUGGUGUGGAAGCGCUUGACGCUACGUCUCCACACACAAACUGCCAAAGGCUGCCAACACUUGGUUUUGUGAAUCUGGGUGGCACUGCCAACAUUUAGCGGGUGCCGCGGUUUCAACUCCCACCUUGACUUUUCCAGGCGAGUCUACCUUGGCAUCAGGGUGGGAUGGGAAUGGGGAGUGAUUGGGGGGGAGGCUGUGGUGUGCCAGGUUAAUUUAUUGGGUGUGUGUGUGCACGUGUGUGUGUGUAUAAAUUGGGGGGGGUGCUGUCCCUUGCCACUGCCUUUUUUAAAGAAAAGCUCCGGUUUACUUCCUUUUUACUGUGGAGAGCAGUAUAUUGGAAUCCCUCGUGCACUUGCCAACUGUCUGUGUUUGUGUGUCUGCAAGAGGCAGAAAGUGUUUGAUGGGGAGGUGAAAUGGGGUGGCUGGGGGUGGAACGCAUUCCCAAAGCUGGGGACUGCAGACUUUCCUUCAGGGUAAAAAAAAAAAAAAUCUUGCUGCAAACGGAAAGGUGGGGAGUGAGAUUCAUCCUCCUUCUCCCCCCACUUAAUGGGGGCAACCAGGUCUCUCUCUCUCCCCUCCCCAGUUUUUCUGCUUGGGCUGUCUCUUUGAGGUGGGUUACUUCGUUUGCGUAGCGUCAGAACCGGUUGCAAAAUGGUGAUCCCGAUUGAGCCGUAGCUGCAACCCACAACUUUUUAAAGUAGCUUUUCCUGGGCCGCUAGUGAAGGAACAGAUGCAGCCUCUUUCAAGAGUUGCCCCCAGAUUAGUUACGUUGCCCCCAGACGCAGACCCCAAACGGCCCCCACUGACUACAUGGACUGAAUCUUCAAAGGGUAAAUAAUGUGGGGGCUGGGAACAGGAGCCCCCCUCUCAGCCCAGAUAAGGCAACCCACCUCCCCAUCGUUGGCCAGGGAUGUUUAACUUAGGGAUGCUGGAAGCUUCCAGCUGGGUUGAGACUCCCAUUCCCAUCAUCCACGACAGCCAAGGUUAACAGAGGCCCUAUCUUAUAGAGGCCUCUGCCUUCCCUGAUUUAUUUGGGGAAGGUGAAGCCGAGAUGGUUUCUCCCUCCCCUCUGACUUGAGAUGCAAUAUAUACACACAGGCACAUUUUUGCCGGAGGGUGCCUUUUCUGAAAAGCACCCGUGCCCCCCUGCCACAAGAGGGGGGAGUGCAAAGAGUUUGCCGUAUGCCCUGUGGAUUUCAAUGGUCUUCCAUGUCUCAUUUCUCCCCCUUUGUUGACUGAAGCCCAUCACCAGCAAGGACCUGCAAAGCGGGCGUAAAGAGGGAAAAAACAUGGCUUUAAGAAAUGGGUGGGUGGGGGGAACGCAGUGAGAAGUGGGCAGCAGGCAGGCCCUCCUUUUCCUCCAGUCAUUGACCAUGCCAAAAAAAAAACAAACCCAAGCCACACAACUGUGACAAAAAUCUUCGUAGUUUCUGUGUUUGUCUCUCCCUGAAAAAGUUUCUUAGGUGAUCAAUAUUUGCACCAUUCCUCUGUUCCCUUUUGACUCUGAAUACUGCCAGCAGCAAGAUUUUACAGAAUCAAGACCCUCUGAAAUUCCUAGGGUGGGGUUAUGGGGCAGAGGUUGGAUUAGGAACAGGGAGACCCAGGUCAAAUCCAUCUUUGCUAUGGAACCUUCCAGGAAGGAUGGAGCCCAAAAUAUUUUUCAGCACAUUGCAGGGUUGUUUGUUUAAAACAAAUUUAAGGGGUUUGGCAAAGAAAGGGACAUAAACUUAAUACAUUUGGCCAGGGGGAUUGGCAAUUUGGGGGGGUAAGCCCCAGUAUUUCCCUCCAACGUUAACGGCAAUGAUGCGGUUCCAAGAAGCCGUGAAUGUGCCCCAAUGAAGCCGGGGCUGCGUUUCAAAAGCCUGGCCCUCCAGAACGCCAUCCAAAACGACUGUCUCGAAGCCUCUUUUGCAAGCCAAUUUAUAUCGUUUUGCUUUCCCUAAAUAUUUGGGGGUACCCAGAAGCCUUGUCGGGGUUUUAAAGGGGAGGACGUGGGAAACGGCGGCUAAAUUUGGAAACGCAAAUUCCGUUUCCGAAACUCAGAAAACAAACAAAAAACCCUUGAAUGCACAGAAUGCCCAAUUCAAAAUGACUGAAGCUUCUGGCUGAUUUGUACACGCAUGUGUGUAUACACACCUGCCUCCGUAAACCUGCGCUCCCGGCUUUGCUUAAAUUAUCCCCGGACUGAGCAACUGUGCAUCCUCGGCGCCCUUCCCACGUGGCAGCUGUGCUGGUGGCGAGUGCAAAUUUCUCCUCCAUUCUCUCUUUUUAGACUUUUGUACUUUCAAUACUGCCUCCUGCCAUUAGAUUCCUCCUCCUGCCUGCUGUUUCUCUUUGGACCUUGCCUUUGUUAUUUAUUAGGCCCGGCUAUAAAGGCCUCACUUAAUUUAUUAAAUGUGAUUUCUGCUUUUGUAA